AUGAUGGUUCCUGGGGACGACGACCCCAUCAAAGAGCCAGACUCCCAGAUCAGCGGAGAGCAUUCCACAGAGAAUCUUGUAAUGGAUCCAGACACAGAGGCAGCAGCCUUCCAGGGUGACUUUGAGGUGGACGAGGUAGAGAUUCUACUAGAACCAACGAGGAGGCUUGAAAUCCAAACUAGGAAGCAGCUGGAUGACCCUGAUGGAAAGAGACAAAUCAGUUCCUUCUCAGAGAAUCCGUGUGUUGGGUCGACUAGAGAAGAGAAUAGGGAUUUCUGCAGUGAGCUAGAAAAACAAAGUCCCUUCGGUGAGAUAAGCCCCGAGAUAAAGGAGGGCAGAAGCUUGAAGGCAGAUAAAGGCGUGCAAGUUCAGGUUAGUGGUAUUGAUACCUCUAGCCCCGGCCUGGUCAGAAACACUGGCUUAUCCAAAGACGGUACUGGGAGGCUUCUUGCAUUCACGGGUAGCUGUAGUGGUACAGUGGGUAUAGAGAAGUCAGCGAGGCCCAAGAUGAAGACCCCUAAGAUGGCCGGCCAGAUCUUCAGCCCAGAGACCAAGCCGGGCGGCUUCCACUCUGAUACCACACUUUUUGACCCGAUGCUGGAUGAUGUGGAAGUAUUGGAGCUCAGUGACUUAUGUGAAGACGACACUAACUGGCUUUACACGUUACCGAAAAGAAGACCUCUUCCCGUGGAGCAAAAAACAGAAUCGCUUUUAAAGUGGUGCCGGCAAGUCCUGGAUCACCCCAGUCCCAAGGCCAAAGCAACCAGCUCGACCUUCCUGCAUAAACUUGAUAAAACAGGUAGAUGGAAAACUCUCUCUCGGAGCACCCUGGCCUCUUCUGGUGCACACGGCCCAUUUAGAGAGCCACACUUCAGUGGUGGCCCACAAAAGACUCCCGAGGCCUUGGAAUCGGCUCGCAAACCGCUGUUCCCGUGGGGCGUCUCAGGCUUUCUACAGGAACGGGCCUCCUCGUCAGCUGCCACACCUUACGAGAUUUCCAGUGUCUCUUUCCAGUCUCUGAGAGGCAACCAAGAGUUGGAUACUGUGAGGGAGCAUGAGGACGAUUACGAGUGUUCCCAGCUGUUUCCCAGCACACCCAAAUAUACUUCGUCUCUACCUAGUUUGCCUCCAUGCCCAGCCGCAUCCACAAGUGGGGACUACGGCAAAGUAGUACCUCCUCCAAUAAUUCUACCAAAGCGAUCAGGAUCAAGCUCCAGACAAGGACACAAGAAAUGGGCAGACACCAAAGACCAGCUGUACUCCAGCAUGCCGAGAGAGAUCCGGCCAGGCCUGCACUCCAUGGGUUCUGUGAGGAGCAGCCUCAACUUAGACUGGGAUGUCCAGGCGCCGAGGAGCCGCUUAGCAAGGAUUCCUGAAGCAGUAGGCUUGCUUCCAGGUAAGAGCCAGUUUUCUUCUAGUCUUGGCAAACCUCUUUUAAAUAUCCGAAAGCCAAUGAAAGCCGAGACAAGCGCUGUUUUAAACCCGAGACAGCCAAUGAAACCUAGCUCUUUGGCCAUGGAUCCGAAGCCGGAAGCACUCUUUAGUCCCGGUCCUUUGAGAAGACAUUUAUCUCCUCCCAGUUUUGUUUCUGGAGCUACUACAUUCCGAAGUUUUGGGGUAAAAGAGAGGAAACCGGCUGCAGAAACAUCCUCUCCUGAAGCCAAGUUAAUGGAGCCACCCAGCAGGUCUCUUCAGCCAACAAAGCCCAGCAAUUUCUCUGAUAAGCCUUAGAAGGGUGAACACUGCUGCCGGUGGAAGAAAAAG